AUGAAGAUGUUUGCCUGGGAGAAAAUCACCCGACUGAUUGUCGGGCGCGCCCUCUCUGAGAGAAGUGAGCACAAGAAGCUCGAAAAGAAGUACAAAGAAGCGGAAGAGGCUCUCAAGCUUGUCACUGAGGUUGCCCCCGAACCACUUCCACCAUGUGUCAGCAGACCCUCGUCGGUCUGGAGCGCCGUCGUCUCAGAAGAAGCACGCAAGCCGCGUGAAGGAGUCCUGCGCACUGCUCAACGCCCGAACUACGAGCGUGCUUCCUCAACUCCUGCGGUGACCCAUGUCACCCCUCGCAGAUCCCCAUCUGGGCCACCAGACAUCACCGCUCGCUCUCUCAGCCAAGAGGAGCUGAAGCGCAACUACAGCUCUGACAGCUUCUGGGACACCAAAAUUCACCCACUGCCUCCUAUGCCUGAAAUGACCGGCUUCGGAAAAUAUCGCCGAGCCGUCAAUGCCUCUCCAGAGUGGCAAUUGGAAAAUCUCCACAAACACCUCUACGAUAUGAGCGACAUUAUUGUGGGUCAUCUGGGCUCGCAGCCUCCUGUUGGCCUGGACCAGGAGACCUGGAACCAGUACAGAACUCAAUACGCGCGUACCACCAGCUUCACCAGCUCUCGAAGCUCCAACGCAGACACCGGACCCACUAUUGCCUUUGAAUACCAGGACCCAGCCACCGGUACCAAAGUCACUCGCGGAUUUUCCGCCUCAACCAUCUCGAGCGCAGCAAGCUCUUUCAAGGAAGACUCCAUCAGCUUCCUCAACGACUCGAGCUUCUCCAAAUCCAGCAUGACCAGUCCCGUCUCCGACUUCGAUGCAAAGGGCAGCCGAAGACCAAGCCGGGCUUCUUCAUACCACACCAGCAUUACCUCGAUGAAUCAUUUGACCGCCAUCGACGAAACACAAGAACCAUUCACCAACUUCCCACGCAAGAUCGAAAAACCGUGUCUGUUUGACGCCAACGGAAACACGGAAAGUGCCCUUGCUUCCGAUGAGGAAGAUGACCUCGAGUGGGAAGACAUGCUUGAAGUUGGCGGAGCCAACAUGAGCAACCUCACCAAACGAAUUGACCGAACAUCAUCAUCUCGUGCCAUGCCGCACAUCAAGGCUCGCCCACGCACCAGGAGACAGAGAUCCAACACGGUGCGCCGAGUCUACGUGGACAACCGCUACUAA